UCACCGAGCAGAAAGAGACUUCAUCGCGAACCCCAUAACGCACCCUGAGAUAAAACAUUAAUUCCUACUCGCCACACAUGUCCCCACUGGUGUAGCCCAGCUGCCACACAACGAUGCUUACCGUCAAGCAGCCACCAACUUACGGCUACAAGUCCGUCCAUGACCUGCCGACUCCGCCAUCCACCUCUCGACCUUCUCCCCCCUUGAUCUACCAAGAGUCAAUCUCCAAGUCGUUGCCGGUCACAUAUCGGAGCCAUAGCCCGCCAACCCAGCCCAUGUCGGCUCCUCACCGUGGUUUGCCUCCCCCGGCAGCCAUGACACUACCUCCACAGCAGCCUCCGAACACCGGCGUUCCUCCGCCGGCGCAUCAUGCACCGCCUCCGCCUCCGCCGCCUCCUUCACUGGGCCCUAGUCACCAGCAGAGAGAUUCCUGGGCUCAACUCCCAGCCCCGCCCCCCCAAUGGCAGGGCGCCGAGGAACCGAUGAAGCAUUGGCUCCAAGCCAGAGCCGAGGAGGACAAGCGGAAACAGGAGGAGGAGCGUACGAGGCAGGAGAGCCUGCGUCUGGAGCAGCGAAAGGUUGAGAUGGACAUGCUGCGAACCUCUCUGUCCGGUGGUAUCCCUCCCGCAAUGGUCCCCUUGGUCUUCGCCGGAAUGGGUGGCAGCGGGGGAGCCCUUUCACAGGUCGCCCUCGAAUGGACACAGCAAUUCAUGCCCCAAUCGCAACCCCCCCGGGCUCAACUCAUGCCUCCCCAAGGAGCCAUGUCUCCAGAGCACCAGCGAGAGGUCCAGCCCGCAGCCCCCGGCCAGUACCACAACCUCCCUCCGGUACCCCCACCUGCACCGCCCGGAUACGCGUAUCCUGGAUCGCCGCCGACGAGACCAAGAGGCCAGACGGUGGUCGGGACCAUGGGACGUCCUGUAGGAGUAGCCUCGAACCUCCCAAGCCUCAACACUAAUGUGCCACAACCCGCACACGGCGGAGUCCCGGCAAUGGCAACACAUCCGCACAUGCAACAGGCUCAACCUCCUCAACCGGAGUCUCAAGCAAGUCCGUCAAUAUACUUCCACCACUGGCAGCCACCAACAUCGCAGGCCGGCAACAGCUCAAACCGACCGGGAAGCCCUACCGGUUCGUCCAAGACAAAGAGAAAGCGAGAUUCUCUGUAGGCUAACGUGGCUCCGUGACUAUAGGGGAGACUCCCAGAAAGCGCAAGGCCACGGGGCAACACCAGCCAGCUCCUUCUCCACCUCGAGGCGAGUCCCGACUUCGAU